AAAAACAGGAGCAAGCGUGCUGUUUUGUGGCGUCAUGGCGCGCUCGGCUGAGGAGCUUGUAGGGCAGGUGGUGCUGCCGGGGGACGCCCUGUUUCUGCCGGGCCACGCCGAGGCGGACAGCGAGAGGCUGUGCUUGGCCACUGGAGGCCCUCAGAAAGGGCGGCUGGUUUGCGGGCCCGGGCUGAGGCGCGGCGGGGACGGGCUGCUGGUCGCCAAGUGCGGGCUGCUGCGCUACCGCGGCGGCGGAAGUGGCUCCGGGGGAACCUAUUGGGUGGACUCUCAGCAGAGGCGGGUAAGGCGAGGCGGGGCGACGGAAGUGGCGGGCUGGGAAACAGCGCAUGCGUGGCAGGGUGGCGGUUGGCGGGCGCCUCGUCGGGGAUUCCGCACCGUUAUUUCACAGGGAGGAGGCAGGGAGGCGAGCUUUUUCUGGCCACGUUUUCAUUUAUUUAUUCUGUAGAAUGAUUCUCUUUUUUUAAGCAACAACGAGUGGGUUACCAAAAAAAAAAAGGUGUUUUGUAUACUACUGGAAUUUUUAGGUUUUAAAAAUUUAAAUUAAAAACAGUGCCUCAUCUAGUCGCACUGCAAACAGGAUUCUAGACAGUCAUUAAUGUCUUGAACCGCCCUGAGAUCUACGGGUGAAGGACGGUAUGCCAAAUAAAUACAUUCCCAAUUAUUAUUAAGGAAGGUGGGGAGGAGGACUGGUUUUAUAACAGCCGCGUUAUUAGUUUCAUAAGAAUUGUAAAAUUGCAAUAACAGUCAAAGCAGUUUACAAAAAAAGGUGCUGUUGUUUUGUACAGCGCUGCUUGUUUUAUUUUUUUGAUUUUUAUAUUAAAAAUGUUAACCUCAUCCAGUAACACCUCAGGUAGGAGAUCUGUAUAAUCUUGAUACCCCGCAACUUGGAAAAUAACUUCUUUGAACCCCCUUUCAGCUAGAACAGAUAUUAAGCACUUUCUGGAAGCGGUUUUCUGUAAGAACCCACUUUGGCUACAGUGUUCUUUGAUUCAUGUCAGAGUAGCCCAAGAGAGUGUGAAACCAAGCAUUUUGCUGUGUUUUUAUUUAAUCAUGAUGUUAGUCACUAUGUAUAAUAAACACAAUUUUAGCGAUUAACUGUACUCUACCAGGAUGCAGAGUGAAAUUGGAUGAAGUGUAGUAUGAACCUUUUAAGAAUACCCUAUACACCUUAUGACAACACUGUAAGGUCUUAUGCCCAAAUUUUGUAUGUGUGUAUAUAUGGGCAGAAUGGUUUGGAUCACGUGCUGCACCAAGGUAAACCAUAGUUUAACACAAACAUACGGGCUCCUGCAGAGAACAGUGUGUCCACUUUGCCCAUUCUUGGUCAUUCUGCUGCUACGCUAAGUGGAUUGUGAUGAUGGAUUGUGUUUGAGGAGCAUACUGUGUAAUAUUGACAUUCUUGCUUGUUUUGAAGGCUAAAGCAAUCUGCAUAUUUAAAAUUACUUUCCUCCCUUGCUCCCAAAUUCUUUUCAUGACUAGUAUGUUCCAGUCAAGGGAGACCAUGUGAUUGGCAUAGUGACCACCAAAGCUGGGGACAUAUUCAAAGUGGAUGUUGGGGGAAGUGAGCAAGCAUCUCUAUCCUACUUGGCAUUUGAAGGCGCAACCAAAAGAAACAGGCCAAACGUGCAGGUGAGGAGUCUGAACAUGACUGACAGCAUUGAUUCUCUAAAGCUACAUUCUAUACACAAUUUCGUGAGAGCCUCGUUGAGUUCAGUGUGAUUUACUGCAACAGACAGGAUUAUGUUGUUAAGCUUGUGCUAAUUAUUCACAAUGGUAAUAUUGAGUCAAUACCUCUCCUUUAGUCACAAUGUUUUAUCAGUACAUCUCUUGUGUGAACAUGUUGAAGGAGAUCACGUACACCAUGAGCAAAGAGUUUAAAUUCCUUUGCAUGUUGCUCCUCCAUCUGUCAAUUUAUGACAAGAGCUCCUGAUCUUUGGAAUAUGCAUGUGGUAACAAAUUACUCAUUGUCAUGCUUACAUAGCCAAGAAUAAUAGGAAGAGGCUUUGCCUGUUUGGGUUCCUUUUAAAAUCAGUGUUGGACAGUUAAGAGUCUGAUAUUGGAUUUUCCUUUUACUGCUGGACUAUUGACACUUAAGCUCGGAUGUCUUUUGUUGUUCAACAAUAUUUUAUGUCAGUUGACUGACGUGCCAACACUACAUCUCACAGAUUUUUGUUGCCCUGUUUAAUGAGAACAGCAAGCAACCACAUCCCUGGCAAAAUUAUUUCUCAAUAAAACUCUUCAUUUGCAAUGUAACAUACCCUCCCACAUUUCAGAUGAAUAUAGAAACAUUCUUGUGUGAUGAAGCUACAUGUAUUAAAGUUGAACAUGAUACCUUUCAUAAGAGUUACACCUUCAGAACCGUUUCAUCUAUUUAUGUAUAUUUUUUUCCUUAGGUGGGAGACCUUAUUUAUGGACAGUUCAUUGUUGCCAAUAAAGAUAUGGAACCUGAGAUGGUCUGUAUUGACAGCAGUGGCCGAGCAAAUGGAAUGGGAAUCAUUGGACAAGAUGGUUUCUUAUUCAAGGUGUCAUUAGGCCUAAUAAGAAAGUAAGUGUGACAGAUUUCUAACCAAGUAUUUUGAGCUUGGAAGUUCUAGCUUAGAUUGCAAAAGUAAAUUACAUGCUUGGCAGUGCAACUGUUAUAUGCGAACUAGGAUUAAUAUCACUUUGGCAUUUUAAUUGCAUGCCAAAAUUGACGUAACUAAAAAAAAGGAUGUAGUAACUGAAGACUACUAAUCAGUACAGACUUCUGUCAGGGUAACUGACACAAACUCUUCCAGGACUUUAGUACUUGAGAUGUGAGAGGUUAUGUUUUUCUUGAAGAUUCUUUGCAUAUACAAAACUAAAAUGUUUGGGAAGAAAGCCAAGGAAGAACUAUUCUCCCUGGCAUGUUUUUGUUGCACAAAUAAUAUGUUAAUUUAUCAGUCAGUCAUGCAGUUUCUCACUCUGCCCCUAGCCCUCUUGACCAGCAAUCUAAAGAGUGGCAGUCCCAUGAAAAUGUUUUAUACCACCUCAUCUUAGUGGGAUGUAACCUGAUAAUGGGCAUCUCCCAAAUCCCAAAAUGAGUGGGGCUGUGAAAUUGCAGGUUACUUUAUCAGCAAAAUCCUUUUCUUAAAAAGGCAUCCCAACACCUGCUCUGAUUUGGGUAGGUCCUAAAGAAAAAAAUGUAGCUUUGUAAGAAUUGAGGUCUUAAUCGUUAGAAGUAUGAACAGUUUACCAGAGCCAUAUAUUGACUUUUCUUCCCUUCACAUUUUAUUUUGACUGCAGACUCUUAGCUCCGGAGUGUGAAAUAAUCCAAGAUUUGGGACAACUUUAUCCAUUUGAACUGGUUUUAGGAAUGAAUGGGAGAAUUUGGGUGAAAGCCAAAACAAUUCAACAGACUUUAAUUGUGGCAAAUGUCUUAGAAGCCUGUGAACACAUGACUGCAGAACAGAGGAAACAAGCCGUUUCCAAGUUGUUAGACAACUGAUGGGAAGGAAUUUUAUAUAGAUACUCUUAUGUGGAAAUGAUGACCCAGAAAUACAUUUUUAAAUAUUUUUAUAUUUGAGGCAAUAAAUGUUACAGUUCAAAUACUUUUAUUUUUUCAUUCUGCCUCUUUUGCUCUUGAGUUUGUUUUGUGACAAAUUAUGUCUGCUUGUUGUUCCCAGUGGCAGACUGUGACUUGUAGUGCACUUUUUGUAAAAGUAUGCACACUUCAGACUUUUAUAACUAAGUCAGUGGUAUUUGCAAAACAAAGGGAGCCUCCCUUUGGUCUGUUAUUUUUAUUCUCAUUGUAUUUUUAGUGACUUGCAGCUUGAUUACGUGUGUGUUUAUUCAGAAUUAAGUUGUGAAUUCAGUGGGGUUUUACACCCAUGCGAGUGGGCAUAGACUUGCAAUUACUUUUGCCAGCUGUACUUGAUGAAGCUGUGAAAAAUAAAGAAAAAGGUUUGUAUCAAUGAAAGAAGUGGCAUAUGCCUUGAAUCCUUGUUUACAGAAAGAACUGAUUUUGUUGCACUUUCCAUGAGAAAUGUAUGUGUUUUUUAAAUUUUAUACACCAGGGGUGGCCAACUCCCAAGAGACUGCGAUCUACUCACAGAGUUAAAACUGGCAGUGAGUUGUUGAGCUUUUUUUUAGGAAGGAGGAAGGCCCAUGGGGGGGGUUGGGUCAGGGUUGCUGGAUUUUUCAGGGAGGAGAUAAAAUGUUGAUUGCAGAAAAAGCCUUCAAAGCAUUUGCAAAAAAGAUAAAACAAUAUGAUUAUCACUAAAAAAAAUACAACCAUGAUUUAAAACAUAAAGAAAGUUAAAACCACAAUAGACUAGACUAAAACAAAUUGAAACGUAUUAAAAUUUUCUAAAUGUUUGGAUAGGCUUAUCUAAAUAAGAAUGUAUUUAGCAUGCACGGAAAAGAAUACCCCCUUGCCCCAGUAAAAUUAGGUAGUCAGCUACUAGAUAGGGGUGUGUGUGUGUCAAACUUGGAUUUGCUGCUGUGCAAUGAGUGUAACAGCCCUGAGUUAGAACUUGGGUAUCCAUGCAUGUUGCUGCUGCUUGUACCUUCUCUCUCUCUAAAAUCCAUACUUGGAUUUUACUUGAAAUUCAUAGAUAACAAAAACAAUCAAAUAAAAAAGACAAUCUUGUGUAAGUAAUCUUAUAUAAAUUUACAAAUAUAAAUUAAUUCAGACUUAUACAGUCUCUUUCACUCUACAUUCUUACAAAAGUAUGAUUGCCUUCCCAUCAUCUCCCAAUGUAUUUAACAUUUCUAAGGCUGAAUGUACUUAAAAUUGUUACCUUAAUCUUUCAAUAUUUUCUAAUACUUCCUUACAACAUAUUGUACCAGUUUUCCUUAUUUCUUUGUAGUUAAUUUACACAGGGGUCAUUCAAACGCUGUCAAAGAUGUCAUACUGCUACUUUGUUUUUGUAAAUAUCUCUUAAACAUAUCCCAUUUUUGAAUAAAUAAUUGUUUUGUAUUA